UGCUUGGGCGAGAGGGAAAGCAGUAUAUAUAAGGCGGCACCUGUCGAGGGAAGGCACUACCUACCCGUCACCAUGAGGUUCCUGGUACUGGCUUUGGCACUUGUAGCUGCUACGUCAGCCGCCCCUCAGGGAUAUAACCUGGGAACGCCUUCUGGCCCGUCCUUUAACAUUGGAGGCUGCGGCUCAGGACAGGUGCGACACGUGGAUGGCAGGUGCGUUACUCCUCGAGUGAAUCGCCGUGUGUUCCUGUACGAUGUCCCGCAUAACAUUGCCCCGGCUGGACCGCCACCCUUCGUCCCCGAGCCGACCGUAGAGACAAAUAUCUUGUUCAUCCGAACUCCGGAAGGUGGGCUAGGACCAGAACCUAUCGUCGUACCUCCACCGCAGCAGAGGCACGUCGUGUACGUCCUCAACAAACAGUCGCAACAAGACCAGAGAGUGAUCGAAGUCCCAGCACCACCAAACAGCAACCCCGAGGUUUACUUCGUCAAUUACGCUGACGGCGAGAACCCAACUCUUCCCAGCGGAGUUGAUCUGCAGACAGCUUUGAGCGCGGCUUCUCAGGGCGGUGGACAAGUGAUCGGCGGAGGUGGAGCUGGAGGUAGCGGCAGUUUCGGAGGUAGCGGCAGUUUCGGAGGAAGCAGCGGUUUCGGAGAUAGCGGCAGUUUCGGAGGCAGUGGUAGUUUCGGAGGUAGCGGUGCUUUCGGAGGAAGCUCUGGAGGCAGUAUUUCACCUCCGUCAAACCUGUACAGUACACCAAGGUAAAUAACUUGCAGGAACUCUUCUGUUGCCAUUAAUACCUCUAGCUACGUGCCACUGCAUGCAAUCAUAAUCACAUCUGUCUUUUUCUUUUAACUGUUCGAGUAAACACUCGCGUAUGUAUUUGCGAGUUCGAAUGGAUUUUCAAACUGUACUGUUAUUAUAGAAAUAUAACUGUUUUGUUAAUAUAUUUACUAUCAUCUA